AUGGACACACUCUGGUAUUUCGCCUACGGAUCCAACAUCAGCCAUGACAAGUUCGUGGGCAGCCGCGGCAUCCACCCGCUGGCCGAAGCCCACGUCCGCCUCCCCGGCUGGGCGCUGGAGAUGAGCAUCCCCGGGUUUCCGUAUCGCGAGCCGGCCUUUGCCUCCAUCCAGCCGGGGAGAGACGGGCAUGACGGCAAACAGACAAUCGACGUGCAGGGCACCGCCUAUCUCGUCACCCGCGCGCAGUAUGCGUCCAUCAUCGCCUCCGAGGGGGGCGGCAUCGCCUAUCGCGAGGUGGUGGUCUGGGCCGAAGCCCUGCACGACGAGGAUGUCCAGCAUCUCGGCGGACAGCGGAUCAUGGUCUACACGUUGACCAACGCCAUGACGCGCAUUCCCCAGGGCAGAGCCAGCAUGAGAUAUUUACAUAUGAUUACUUCUGCCGCAGAGGAUAUCCCCUUUGAUGAAGCAUAUCACAAGUUUCUCGCUGCUCUCCGCCCAUAUACACCCCCCCAGACACGCAAACAGAAGGCCGGGGCCGCCAUGUUCUGGCUGCUGUGGACGCCGAUCAUCACGAUGAUGGAGAAGACCAUUGCCCGCACCGUCGAUCUGGACAAGGGAGGCAACGCGCCCAACUGGGUGGCUGUCCUCAUGCGCUUUGUCGUGGCCGCCCUCUGGUUCUCGCACGACUGGGUCUUUGCGCCGCUGUUUGGGCGGGGAGACGGAGUGGAUGAGGCUGGACUGGAUUAUGACUUACUUGAUGCAUCUCGACUGCCACUGCCACUGCCACUGCCUUGGACUGGGUGUUGA